AUGCAGGUUCCUCUAAAGUAUUACCUUACCGAUAACGAUGUCAGAUUAUUUGUGGACACAUUACUUCAGUCGAUUCUUUACUCACUAUACUCGAAAGAUGGAAAAAGCUAUGAUCUACCUGCAAAACUUCUAAUGAUGCUGGGAACAUUGGAACCUGGACACGUAUUCCCACGAUUUCUCGAUAAUGUCUAUCCAGCAAUGUUUGCUGUGUGUGAACCACACCGACUAACGCAAACGCUCGAUUGCAUGUUCGAAUUAGUGUUUAUCAUCGCCAGCGAUGAAAAACAGGGAAUCGAGCGGCGGAAGAUGGAAAAGGAUUGGGUCGCAGAAAUGGAAAAAGUGUGUUCUUUAUAUCUUAGUCAGCCUUCGCUCUUGUAUUCAUUCUUAUAA